GUUGACUGUUGAGGGAGCGGCCGAGAGGAGAGGAGCGUGCGACCUGGGAAAGAAUCGUCCGCAAUGGAAGCAGUUAAGGACGUGACGGAGACAGUGACUGUGGACCUGGGUGCACUCCUGGACGCCGGGGACGACGCCAUGGUGAUACUCGAGGCAGGUGACACGCGGCUGGUGGCGCACAGGGCCGUCCUGGCGGACAGGAGCCCAGUGUUGGCAGCCAUGUUCGCCCACGACACCCUCGAGACGAGCACCGGCGUGGUGAGCAUUGCCGAUGUGGGGGGCCCGGUACUGAGGCAGCUGGUCUCCUACCUGUACACCCUGCGGGCCCCCCAGCUGCCCGGCACGGCCCCCCAGCUGCUGGCCGCAGCAGAUAAGUACGGGGCGUCAGGGCUGAAGGCGGAGUGCGAGCGGCAGGUGGCCGCUGAGCUGACCGUGGAGACCGCGGCAACGACAGCCGUCCUCGCAGUCCGGUACCGCGCUGCUGCUACGGUCGCAGAAUCGUCCGCAAUGGAAGCAGUUAAGGAUGUGACGGAGACAGUGACUGUGGACCUGGGUGCACUCCUGGACGCCGUGGACGACGCCAUGGUGAUACUCGAGGCAGGUGACACGCGGCUGGUGGCACACAGGGCCGUCCUGGCGGACAGGAGCCCAGUGUUGGCAGCCAUGUUCGCCCACGACACCCUCGAGACGAGCACCGGCGUGGUGAGCAUUGCCGAUGUGGGGGGCCCGGUACUGAGGCAGCUGGUCUCCUACCUGUACACCCUGCGGGCCCCCCAGCUGCCCGGCACGGCCCCCCAGCUGCUGGCCGCAGCGGAUAAGUACGGGGCAUCGUGGCUGAAGGCGGAGUGCGAGCGGCAGGUGGCCAUUCAGCUGAGUGUCGAGACCGCAGCAGCCGCAGCCGUACUCGCAGUCCGCCACUCCUGCAGUGACCUCAGGCGCACCGCCAUCAAAUUGAUUAAGACCUGUCCGUUUGAGGUGAUGGCCACUCAGGGGUGGGCAGAUGCGAUGCUUCAUCAACCUGAAGACUUGAUCGAAGUGAGCCGGUUGCUGUGCGAUCCACCACCAAAAAGCAGGAGCCUCUCUGCAGAGAAGAGGGCCAGGAGGCUGGUCCAGGCAGCUCGGGAGGGGUCAGUGGGGGAGCUGAGGGCGCUGAUCGCCGCAGGGGCCGACGUUGGGGCGAGGGGCGGGGAUGGGCUGACCCCCCUGCACUGGGCAGCAGGCAGGGGAGACGUCGAGGCGGCGAGGCUGCUGGUGGGGGUGGGGGCGGCGGUGAACUCCAGGGAUGUCGCUGAGUGGACGCCGCUGCAUCUUGCGGCAGCCAAUGGCCACGCAGAAGUGGCGGCUGCGCUGCUCGUCGCGGGGGCCGACAGGGGGGGCCACAACUCCUGGUGGGGAGACAGCGCUGGACCUCGCCAGGCGGCGCAACCAGAGGCGGCUGGUGGAGAUGCUGUCAUGAGGCAGCCCGUCCAGCGAACUCUGUGCAAAAAAACAGGAACUGAAACAAUUUGUAGAAAAGCAGUUGUCAUAUUUUUUAAAAUAAAGAAGCAAAAAACUCAAUCCUAUUGUGACUCACUAAUUUCAGGCCUCCUCAAGUAA